AUGGCCACACGCCUCAGAUCGGCUGGCAGGAGAUGCUGCACUGUGAUUGGUGGGUCAGGCUUCCUGGGACAGCACAUGGUGGAGCAGCUGCUGGAGAAAGGUUACAGCGUCAAUGUGUUCGAUAUCCGGCAGGGAUUUGAGAGUGACAGAGUGAGGUUCUUCCUGGGAGACCUCUGUGACAAGGAGGCUCUGCUCCCAGCUUUACAAGGUGUGUCUGUGGCAUUUCACUGUGCAUCACCAGCACCUUCAAGUGACAACAGAGAACUGUUUUAUAAGGUGAAUUUUAUGGGAACCAAAGCAGUCAUUGAAGCCUGCAAAGAAGCUGGAGUGCAGAAACUGGUGUUAACUAGCAGUGCCAGUGUAGUGUUUGAGGGCACAGACAUCAAAAAUGGGUCAGAAGACCUCCCUUAUGCACAAAAACCUAUUGACUACUACACAGAGACCAAGAUCCUACAGGAGAAGGAGGAGUAAUCAAGUAACCCACCAGACAACAAUUUCUUCACCACUGCUAUUCGUCCCCACGGAAUAUUUGGUCCCAGAGAUCCUCAGCUGGUUCCCAUCCUCAUCCAGGCAGCUCAGAGUGGCAAAAUGAAGUUCAUAAUUGGGGAUGGAAAGAACCUGGUGGAUUUCACCUAUGUGGAAAAUGUGGUCCAUGGGCACAUCCUGGCUGCAGAAAAGCUUCAGAAAGGCUCACCUGUGUGUGGGAAGGCAUUUCAUAUCACAAAUGAUGAACCAGUUCCCUUCUGGGCUUUCAUGUCCCGUAUCCUGACUGGCUUGAACUACGACCCCCCUAAGUACCACAUUCCCUACUGGUUGGCGUAUUACCUGUCCUUGCUGCUGGCCCUGCUGCUGUGGCUGCUCAGGCCCCUGGUCACCAUCAAGGCCACAUUUACCCCCAUGCGGGUGGCACUGGCUGGGACCUUCCACUACUACAGCUGUGAGAGAGCCAAGAGGGACAUGGGCUACACUCCUGUGGUGAGCUUGGAUGAGGCCAUAGCCAGGACUCUGCAGAGCUACCCCCACCUGUGCCGGGCCAAGGCCUGAGGAAUCCCUCAUGGAUCUGGAUUUAUUU